GCACUUAGAGCUCAGAGCAUGUCGCCUCCUGUUGCUGCGCCUCACUGUGGGAUCUGCUGUCGACCUUUCAGACUGAACACAUGAACGCAGAGAGCUGCUUCUACGCGUCUCCUCGCUAUGUGCAACCUGGAGGUUUGGAGGACUGAACCAGCUCAGUGUCUGCUCUGAGUCUGCAGGAGGAGAGAGGAGAGGAGGUGGUGGGGUUUUUCUUGACCCAACUUGGCAGAGAAGUCGUGUUUUGCUGCCUCUGGAGCUUGUUUGUUUUGCAGAGAAAGUGUGAAACAAGUGUCAGAAAGGAGAGCAACAGAUGUUUUUUGGUGGAUAAUGUGGCCGGCUGAGGAAUGAGAGCAGCAGCAGCAGCGAGGCACCGGCGGCCCUUCCAGCGGUUCUGCUGCUGUGCAGUCGGGCUGGUCGCAGUCAUCUGGCUCGCACAGGUCAUCCAGGCACCAGAGACGGAGUCUUCUGGGUUUCGGCCAGGCGUGAACGGUGGGGAGCUGCGAUGGACUCGCCGGCUGAUGCAGGAGAAGUCGGACAACCAGAGCGAGGAUCAGCCCCGAGCAGCCAUCCACGAGUUUCCACAGGACAUCUUUACCAAGGAGCAGAGGAAGAAGGGGGCUGUGUGUCUGCAUGCACUCUGUGCCAUCUACAUGUUCUACGCUCUGGCCAUCGUCUGUGACGACUACUUUGUCCCUUCCCUUGAGAAAAUAUCUGAGAACCUGCAGCUCAGUGAAGAUGUGGCCGGGGCGACAUUUAUGGCUGCAGGAAGCUCUGCUCCAGAGCUUUUUACCUCUCUCAUUGGCGUUUUCAUCACCAAAGGAGACGUCGGAGUCGGCACGAUCGUUGGCUCUGCCGUCUUCAACAUCCUGGUCAUCAUUGGCCUGAGUGGGAUCUUUGCGGGCCAGACGGUGGUCCUGACAUGGUGGUCCCUUUUUAGAGAUUCCUCCUACUACAUCCUCGCUGUACUGACUCUCAUCAUGGUUAUCUAUGAUGCCACAGUCGUCUGGUGGGAGUCCUUGCUGCUCAUGAGCAUGUAUGGAGUCUACAUUAUAAUCAUGAAGUUCAACUCCCAGCUUCUGGCGUUUGUGACGCGUCAGCUCAGGAAAUCUGGGCCGUGCUGCGUCGGAUCAGAGAACCACAGAGACGACAAGAUGGCAGAUGAUGCCUCUGCUUGCAACACCUCCAUGGUGCUUAUCAACAAAGGCCACGCCCAUGGUCAGGAGGCUCCUCCAGUCAUCAUGGUGGAUGAGCUUCUCAUCCUCAACCCCCACAAACUGUCCUUCUCCGACGCUGGCCUGCGUAUCAUGAUCACCCCCCACUUCUCUCCCCGCACCAGGCUCUCCAUGGCAGGACGCAUGGUCAUCAGUGAGAGACAGAGGCUGAUCCAGUGUUCGAAGAACCAGCGGGACGGCGAGGCCGGCCCCGGGUCACGACGGGGAUCAGCCAGCAACAGCCUGAAGAGGACCGGCUCCUGCAGUCUGGAGAACGGAGGCAAGAAACCUGAGAUAGGAGAUGCAGAGUCAGGAGACAAGCCGGGGUUGGAGGUGUGCCAGACGGAGGAGGAGGAGGAGGAUGACCAUGAUAUUUUCAAUCCCGUGCGCAUACCAGGUAGCUGCUGUGCGCGGGUGAAGUGGGCGAUCAAGUGGCCUCUGGGCCUCCUGCUCUACUGCACUGUGCCUAACUGUAUUCUGCCACGCUGGCACCGCUGGUUCAUGGUCACCUUUGCGGCCUCCACCCUGUGGAUCGCCAUCUUCUCCUACCUCAUGGUGUGGAUGGUCACCAUCAUCAGUUACACACUAGACAUCCCAGACUACAUCAUGGGCAUAACCUUCCUGGCAGCAGGGACCAGUGUGCCGGACUGCAUGGCAAGUCUGAUUGUAGCUCGACAAGGCAUGGGGGACAUGGCGGUGUCUAACUCCAUAGGCAGCAAUAUCUUUGACAUCCUGCUGGGUUUGGGUUUCCCCUGGGCUUUGCGUACCCUUGUGGUGGAGCACGGAUCAACAAUCUCCAUAAAUAAUAAAGGACUGGUGUAUUCUGUGGUCCUGCUGCUGGCGUCCGUGUUUCUGACGGUGAUGAGUGUUCAUCUGAACCACUGGAGGCUGGAUCGCCGGCUGGGUCUGGGUCUGUUGUUUCUCUAUGCCAUCUUCCUGCUCUGCUCCAUCUUCUUCGGGCAGAUGUGAGGCCUUAAAGGUCAAAGGUCAACCCUGCUGUCAGACAACAUGAUGAGUACCUACCUUUCUACCACACGUCCUCUUUCCUGAAGCCAAAAAAAAAAAGAGUGACAGCGUCGUCGUGUUCCUUGUGAGAGUUUCUGUGCACCUCCGUUAGGACUCGCUAGGGUGAUGCUAUACGCAUGCAACUACACAAACACACACUGAAGUCUUUUAUCAACAGCACAAUUUUGUUCUCCUUUUUGUACAGUGCAGUGUUUGGAAACAGUCUGUAAAGUAUCAAAUUGGGCGACUUACCAAAAUAAUGACUGACAUGGCAGAUGGAAGCAGCGGGCGUGUUGGGCUUUUUCAUAACAAAUGAAACAGGAAAUGACAUCAACUAAAAAAAUAAUAACGCGGCUCGAUAAUGGUUUGAUGAUAAUGAGAUACCAUAACUGAGCUUUUCCACCCUAUAUUGUGUUUUUAUUUUAUUUUUGAAUAUAGAAAAAUGAAUCUCAUGGCCUUUCUACUAAGAUUCUUUGCCAAAAGCUUCAGUUCGAGCUAAAACUCAGCCAAGUUAACUUACCAGCCAACUAGCUAACACGCUACAAACCUAAACUGCUUCUGCCUGGUGAUCAUUUUUUUAAUAAAUGAUGUGUCAUGGCUAUUUCAUUAAAGCAAUAAGCCUUUGGAAAUUUACAGUAAUUGG